AAAGGAACAACAAAUAAAGCAACAACACCGCACCGUACGAAAAAAAAACGCCAAGAAUGGGAAGUGAAAACGUAAACACAUAGAACUUGCACUGCUCUUUCGUCCCAUUGUUCAUUGCCUUUUGCAUCGAGAGAACGGCCGCAAGGAAUUGUGAAGCUAGUGUUUACGAAGUUAGCUUUCAUUUGCCAACAUUGUCCAUCAAGGUUGCAAACGCUUUACCUCGGAAUUGGUGUCUACAAAACCUACUAACAAUUCCUAGCCAGUAGGCAAGAUUGUAAUCCUUGAAACUGGUUUUAGAUUCCCGAAAGCGGUCCUGUUUUCUCGCUCCAUUUGCAAUGGUGGACCCAACAUGGAUAGAAGUCAAUGAAAUAAAGGGCUUUAUAACGUUUCUAUCGAGUAUCGAUUGGUACGAUCCGUGGCUGAUUGGAUUGAUUGCAUUUCACAUCUGCAUCACCUCGACGGCACUGCUGACCAGAAACUAUGGCAACUUUCAGGUGUUUUUAUUUUUCGUACUUUUGCUUCUAGUGUACUUUUCCGAGAGCAUUAAUGAGUACGCGGCCAUCAAUUGGAGGAUUUUCUCCAAGCAACAGUACUUCGACGACAAGGGUUUAUUCAUAUCGGUGGUGUUUUCCGUGCCAAUACUUUUAAACUGCAUGCUCAUGGUGGGAAGCUGGCUGUACCAGUCGACGCAACUGAUGUCCAAGCUGAAAACUGCCCAGCUGAAGCAACAGAUCCGCCAGUCCAACAGCCGGCAGCGGCUAAAGGACGCAAAGGAGGAAUGAAAUCUACGUCGUGCGUAUCUCCUGUUUUUGCUUUACCAACCCUGCUCCCGCUCUUCGACGUGUGGUGCGCUGGACUGGAACUACAGAAUGUAGUGGAGGGUUUUCUUUUUUAAUUAAAUCAAAAA